CUUUCGCACAAGGUUCCAGGUCCGCUCACCGUCUCUUUCAACCACCACCAAGCAAGGAAGAAACGUCGCCCGCUCGCUCACCGUCAGCCGCGCGCUUCUUUCCUCCUUUACUUAAUCCUCGCUUCUGCGCCCCUCUCCGGCUUCCUCCACACUCUUUCGACUCUCUUGGAUACCAUCCCCACCAUCAUGGCUAGGGCAGCAACGACCAGCUCGCGCGCCGCCGCGAGCUGUCUCCUCCUCGCCGCCCUCGCGCGCGCCAUCGACCCCAUGUGGCUCCAGUCGAGCUACCAGGGCGGCGAGAACGCACCGGGCUGGCAGGACGGCGACGCGCCCGGGCAGACCAUUUUCAAGACGGACGGCGGCGAGGAUGCCUCGGGCAACUACCAGCUCCCAACCUGCCCGACGAUCCUGAUCGGCAGCGCGCAGGUGAACGGGAGCCCGGACGACGGGUGGCAGCAGAUGCCGAACGUGACAGGCAUGAGCUUCGACCGCUUCCCGCUGGACGGCUACGGGGACGCCGUCCUCCCGUACUACAUCGAGCGCGGGAAGAACACGACGAGCAUCAAGCGCGCGAUCGUCGUGCAGCCGGGCAAGUCCCGGGACGCCUGGAAGUACGGGAACCUGGCGCGCAACUCGCUCAUCUGCGCGGCCGCGAACGACUCGGCGCCGGUGAACAUGGACGAGGUGCUCAUUACCGCGCCGAUGUGGUUCAGCCGGAAGGACAAGAGCGCGGGCGCCGUGGGCGACAACGACAUCUACUUCAAGGGGAACCGCUGGUAUGAGGGCGCGCUCUCCGUCGGGCCCGGGGACACCAACAUCUCCAGCGUCACUGCCAUGGACCAGUUCAUCAACAGCUUCUUCAACACCGACGUCUACCCCAACAUGGAGCACGUCGUCAUCAUCGGCCACAGUCUCGGCGCGCAGUUCGCGCAGCGCUACGCCAUCAUGCGCCCCCAGCAGGACAACGACGACCGCGUGCGGUACUGGGUUGGCAACCCCGGCUCCUUCGCCUGGCUCACCUCCGACCGCCCGGCCACGAUCGAGGACUCGUGCAAGAACUCGUACAACGCCUGGCCGUACGGUGGCGAGAAGCCCGACGGGUCCGGCAUCCUCCCGAGCGCCUUUCGGAAGGAGUUCGAGAGCGACUGGAAUAGUGUGGUUAGCAAGUAUCGCUCCCGCACUAUCCGCCACGCGCAGGGCCUCGCCGACGACGGCGCCGGCGACACGCACUGCGAGGCGCAGGCGCAGGGCUCGAGCCACCUCCAGCGCGGGCAGAACUUCGAGGCGAUGCUCAAGUGCAUGGACGGCGGGAACCCGGGGAAUAUCGUGUUUGACUACAUCCCCGACACGUCCCACCAGGACUACCCGAUGAUGGCCAACUGGCAAUCCCAGUACCGCAUCUUCAUUGAGACCGACACCUCGGUGGGCGACGCCACCGUCGGCGAUGACGCGACGUGCAGCACGGCCACUGCGGCGACCGCGCCGGAAAACAACAACGGUGCCUCUGGUCUCCGUUUGCCGGGUGGCAUCGUCGCUGCAUUGGGUAGCGCACUCUUGGGCGCGAUCGUCACGACCGUGCUUGAAGCAUGA